CGCUCGGACUGUGGCAGGGUGGGGGUGAGGACCCCGACGCCUUCCGUGCCCGUGUCCUCAAGGAGGAGCCCGCAGGCGAGGCAUGGAGACCCCACAGGAAACCCCACAGGAGACCCCACAGGAAACCCCACAGGAAACCCCACAGGAAACCCCACAGGAGACCCCACAGGAGACCCCACAGGAAACCCCACAGGAGACCCCACAGGAGAGCCCUCAGGAGACCCCACAGGAGAGCCCUCAGGAGACCCCACAGGAGAUCCCACAGGAGAGCCCUCAGGAGAGCCCUCAGGGGAGCCCGAGCGUGGCGGACAAGGCUGCCGAGUUCCUGAGCCGCAUCGGGCUGAAGGAGCUGGAGUGGUGCCUGUUUGCCGAGACACUGGCAGUGGUGGCCGCAGGGGCCCCGCCGACGGACAAGGCAGAGGGUCAGUGGUGGAUGGCAGCCCAGUGGGCACCCUACCAGCGGGGUGAUGAGCCGGUGCAGAGCUGCAUCCUGGUGCAAGCCAAAUUCCGAGGCAAGCAGGAUGGUGUGCUUGCCUCCAGAACCCUCAAAGCCUAUGUGACCUGGCAGCUGGAGACGCUGGAGCARGAGGAGCAGGAGUGCCUGGAGUUCAAACCAUACCCCACAGAGAAGAGGACCCACAUCGUGAACCAGGAGCAUGGGAUGACUGUCACAAAGACCCUGCAGGAGGGAGAGGUGAGGCUCAGGGCAGGAUCACAUCCCGGGAGGAGGCAGCACAGCUGGCCAGUCUCACCAGGGGUGCCCCAGGCUCUGGGGUUUGCUGUCCCUGGGGAUGCUGGAGCUGUGGCUGUUCCACGAGGUAGCCAGGUCUCUCUGCAGGCAGAGCCACAGAGCCAGAGCUUCUCCUACAGCCYGGACAAGCUGCGGGGGCUGCUGCUGGAGGGUGCCAGCCUCCUGCUGCUGCGGGUGCUGGCACGCCGGCAGACAAUGCCCCCAGACCUUGUCUUCCCAGCCAUCGACACUGAGAGUGACCUCUGCACCUCCAGCUAYUCUGCCCUGGGCAUCCAGCGGCAGGCAGUGGGCUCAGCAGAGAAAGAGGUGUUUGUGAUCCAGAGAGCUGUGCARUCCAGCACAGGCUCCUCCACUAUCUGGCACAGCAGCUUCCUCCCCAACGGGCGUUUGGCUCAGCUGAUGCAGACUGGCUCCCCAGUGCUGAUGCUUCUACAGGAUGARUCCAUCCUCAGCAAGUCAGGUAGCUUYGAGCCCCAGGUCCCCUUUCCCAAAGAGUCCCUGAGCUGGGAAGAGGACCUCGAACUCUACUCCUGGUUCCUGGACAGGCAGGAAGAGCUGCAACUAUCCCAUGCUGCCUACCUCCAGCAGCACCCCGAGGUCCGAACGCUGCUGUCUGACUUCCUCCAGGCAUUGCUCUUUCAGCAGCCCCAGGAUCCCAUCUCCUUUGCUGCAGAUUUCUUCGCCCACCAGCGGCCCAUCGGGUCCCCCUUUGCCUCCACUGGGGCUGCCAGCCCUCUCCCCAGCACCCCACCUGACCACCCUCCRGAUAACUAGGAAUAAAGCUGCCAGCACUCC